UCCGGCACGAAUUUGAAUCCAGCUGCUCUUUCUCUCCACUCUAUCUUUGUCAACAUUCAAACUUUGCAAUUAAAUUUUACGAAAGUUAAUUGAAUAUUUAAACUUUAAAUUGUUAAGUGAUUAUGAAAUUGGUUAAUUAUUUCUCCUCGUGACCACCAAUUAGUUAUUGCAGAACAUAACGAAAAGGUUAAGACUCGGCAUGUCCAGCCAACACUGUCUCCUCUGCUUACAACUCAUCCCCAAUGGGGACUACGACACGGUCACCGAAGAUGAUCAUUCUAGGAAGAUACGGAUUCUCACACUCGUCCAUUUUUUAUCGCUGGGUCACCAAAGUCACAAAUCUUCUUAUCAAGGUCAUUUUGACGAGGAGGAGACUUGCCAAUUGUGUCCCCAUUGUUAUCCUGUCAUACAUCAAAUAGAAGAAAUUAGGAACCAAAUCGCUCUUCUGGAGGAGAAAGUCGAGAGGAAAGUAGCUCAAAUUCGCGAAACUAUUUCUUCCACCGGAAAAAAUGACGAUGAAGGGGACAACCAAGUUAGGAAAUUAAGAAAAAUUAUACUUCAGGUCACGGGUAAUGUAGACGACCAAGAAGAAAAUUUUGAGCUGGACGAAUUCCAUGUUAAAGUCCAAGAAGAUGCUGACACUUUUGGAGACGCAGGUCAACGCUGUCCCCCGUAUUGUUUUUGGUCCUAACAUACAAAGGGAAAUUCCUAGUUCCACCAAAAAUAACGCAUCGUGUAAACGCCGACCAGACGAUUCAUCUCUAAAGGGAAAACAAAAACAAAGUCAACCCAGCCCGACUUCAAAACGAAUUAAACUGGAAUCUCAACGUCAGACCAAAAUAUCUAAGAAUGGUCACGAUGACGACGAAUGGCUACCCCAAGAAGAAAAUAGCAGCGAUUCCUCGGAAGAUGGGGAAGAUCAAGUCAAUGAGAAAAUUUCGCAAAAUACUCCCCUCCAUUGCGACACGUGCAAUUCAAAUUUUGAGACCGAGGAUCAGUUGGCGACACAUGUGACGACUCACAAAUUGAAACAGUAUUGUUGUAGUAUAUGUGGAAGGCCAUUUACUAAUAUUUAUUCGAUGACGACCCACUUGCGCAGCCACAACGCAAGAAAACUGGAGAAAUGCCCCCUAUGCGAUGAAACAUUUCCGGACAAGUCGACCUUGAAGGAACACUUGAAAGUCCACAGAACCCCUACGGAAGGGUACUUCUGUCACACUUGCGGGAUGGGGUUCUCCAUGACUGCCAAGCUCAAUCAACAUUUCGAUGUACACAGAAAGAAGAAGCCAGUAAUCCAGUGUGAAACCUGUGGCGAAAUAUUUGUGUUCUUAAGCACCUUGCAGAACCAUCGGGUCAAAGUUCACGGGGAGAGUCCUUUCGUGUGUGAAGCCUGCGGUGAGGGUUUCAAGUCUCCUGAAGAGCUACAAGUCCACAAAGAGAUCCAUAAAGAAAUAAGACUGUACAUGUGCGAGACUUGUGGAUCCGGAUUUAAGACCAAAGCACGCCUCGACGGUCACAUGGCGAGCCACUCGGACGAACGUCCCUUUCUCUGCGACCAGUGCGACGGAACGUUCAAGCAUGCAAGUCAAUUAAGUCGCCAUUUCAAAAGGAACCACACCCCCGGCUACAUUGUCCCCACUCCGCACAAAUGCCCCCAUUGUGACAAAGCAUUCCAGACUCGUGUCAGACGGGACACUCAUGCACUUGUGCACACGGGAGAGCGUCCUUUUGGUUGUGACCUAUGCGGGAGGCGGUACUUUGCCAAGAAGUCGCUGCACGACCAUUUAAAGACACAUACCAGUAGGGGACUGUAGUAAGAAGAAAAAAGAAACAGACCAACUCAAGGAAGACAUGUUGAAUUGCUAAAAAUUGUGUAUUUAUGUAUCCAGUAGAAAAUUAGAGUUAAAUUCAUGUCUGAAAUAAAAUAAAGCAAGAAAAUUAA